AUGACCAGACGGAAACAGAGCAAGCUAUGGCCGAAUCUAAAGGCGUUGUAUCUUGGGAUGGGAGAUGAACACUGGCUGGAGCAAAUUCCAGAUUUCAAGGAGCUUCAAAUCCUCAGCAUCCAAGAAUUUGUAUCUGGUACACGCAUCUUCAACAGUGAUGUUAUAUCAAAAAUAGGAAAAUGCCGGGAACUACGGGUUAUCGACGUCUAUUUCCGGGAACGCAAUGACAUAGAAGGGCUUCUCGAUAUCGCGCAUGGAUGCCCGCUCUUACAAAAGCUCCGCGUACUGCACCGGUGUCCUAGGGACCAAUUGAGCCCACUGAACAUCUUAUCUGACCUUUUGCGCUCCUUACCCCACCUGGAAUUCCUUGAACUUGAUUUCAAGUUUCGGAUGGAUGGUGCACACAUUCAAGAUCUGGCGGUCCACUGUCCAAGACUCCCCGUGCUUAGACUGUGUGAGACUUGGUUGUGUCUCUCCAUUGCGCAGAUGCGUAUGGUUGAUCCGCUUCGACAGCUAGAACUUGUGCACUUCAGAGAGGUACUUUUUGAGAAUCCACAACAUUUAAUGGAACCGCACAUAUUCUCUACCAUUGUAGCAGAGUGGCGCAGGAUAUUUCCAAAGCUCCGGGAGAUGCCUUGUCCCGCCGACAUAUACGGCAUUGAUAUGGAAAGAGGUAAUAUGAACGACACAUCAGAAAGGAACAUUGUCAAUAUACGCAGCAAUGACGAGACUCCCCUGAGUGUUUUAGAGGAUACAGAGGAGUAUAAUUCAGUUAUGCUUACUUUAUCUAAUGAUGAACAGAUGUUUUUAGAUGAGUCGGAGGAUUCAGAAGCAGAUUCCAGUGAGGAAGAAGAAGAAGAAGAAGCGGUCUUUCCUGGUGAGCCGGAGCUCAACUACAACUACUUCGGGUCAGACUGGUUCUCCUUACGAAUAAAACUAUGGAGAGAGCUUCAGUACGGACAAGGCCAGUUCACUCAUGACAGGAUGGCCAGUAUUUGGAGGACAAAUCUUGAAAUCGAGAAGAUCGGCUGGCCGGUGAUGCCCCUAGAAGCGUACUCGGACCCAGAGAGCUAUUGA